AUGCCUAAUCCGCCGGGUUUCAAGGUUGAUGUCACGGUUGCUAGAGUCGGUACAGCUGGAGGUGACAACUAUAUGCAGGUUUCCACACCGGCCGUGCUCAGCAUAUCGCCCACGGCCGACGGGCCGUUCCGCUUGCCCAUCAGUUCCAAGUCGAGUGUCACGGGCAAGCACCUGGCCAGAUGGAAGGCGACCUCACCGACGGCGGAUCACUCGGCCGCACAACGAUACCAGGCCGCGACAAUGGCCUCAUUCACACCCACCACGGUCCCCAAGGAGACCCUCAGGUACCCCGCUGGCCACAGUGUCGCCUAA